UUAGAACAAUGAAAAUCAUAAUUCUGCUUGUUUGUUUCGUGGGAAUAGUUUAUGCAGCCAAGACUUCUGACAGAAAUGGAUUUGUCAUCGUCAAGGGAGACGUGAUGAAAUGUUCUCCUAAAGAAGAAGAAAAAUACUGUAAAUCGAAAUGCCAAGAACAGGGAGGUAAAGAUGGGGUCUGCUGUGAGGAAGCCUGUUAUUGUUAUCAAGUUCCAAAAGGAAAAGAUAUAUAUUCCGAUAAAGAAAUUAAACAGACUUGUGAAAAACUAGGAAAAAAAUUGGGAAAAUGAAUAUAUCUUUGUAACAAUUCGACUGAAUAAAUGAAAACGUUCAUAACGGUU